UCAUUUAUGCAACGCGAGAAAAGAAAACUCUUUCCUCUCGCCUCUGCCAGGGCUUUUGAUAUUGUCCGAUCCUGAAGACCAAAAUUGAAAGAUAGAACAGAAAAGAAGACAAGAACUAUUGAUCAAACUUAAAAAGAACAUUGACACAUAAAUUCGAAGCAAAAAUCAAUUCUAUAUUAUAAAGAAUAAACAAAUAAUAACUGCAUUUUCUUUUCCGUCACCGUUCUGGUUGCCAUGGAUAUUAGGUUUCCUUAUUCGCCGGCGGAAACUGCAAAUGUCCGUACGGUUCAGUUCGGAAUUCUCAGCCUCGACGAAAUCAGGAGAAACUCUGUGGUGGAAAUCGAGCACGGGGAGAGCUCGGAAAAGGGGAAGCCAAAGGUCGGAGGGUUGAGCGACCCUCGCCUUGGAACCGUUGAUAGGAAGAUCCGGUGUGCCACGUGUACGGCUGAUAUGGCUGAGUGCCCGGGGCAUUUCGGUCACUUGGAGCUCGCUAAGCCAAUGUUUCACGUUGGUUUCUUGAAGACGGUGCUCACCGUCAUGCGUUGUGUUUGCUUCAACUGCUCCAAGCUUUUGGCGCGUGAGGUCUGAUUUCAAAUGUUUUGAGAACCAUGCAUUGAGUUAAUAGGAGGAAGGAGCUUAGUUGCUUUUGUUCAAUUUGAAUUUUAUCUGAAUUCUUGUUUAGUAGUUCUUUUUAAGUUGACUAUGGUUUUGGAGCAGGAUAAGAAGUUUGAACAAGCUUUGAAGAUUGGGAACCCCAAAAACAGGCUGAAGAGGAUCUUGGAUGCUUGCAAAAACAUAAGCAAGUGUCAAGGUGGUGAAGAUUCUGAGGAGCUGGUUCGAAUUGGCUGCGGUGCCUUGCAGCCCAAGAUUACUAUUGACGGUAUGAACAUGAUUGCUGAGUAUAAGGCUCUGAGGAACAAAAACAAUGACCAUGAACAGCUUCCUGAACCUGAAGAAAGGAAACAGAUUCUUUCUGCAGAAAGAGUUCUUGGUGUUCUAAAAAGGAUAAGCGACGAGGACUGCGAAUUGUUGGGCUUGAAUCCGCAGUUUGCCCGUCCUGAUUGGAUGAUCUUGCAAGUUCUUCCAAUUCCUCCUCCACCAGUGAGACCUUCUGUUAUGAUGCACUCAUCCUGUAGGUGUGAGGAUGACUUGACUCAUCAGUUAGCCACAAUCAUCAAGCACAAUGAAAAUUUGAAGAGACAUGAGAAAAAUGGAUCACCUCAGCAUAUUGUUUCAGAGUUUUCUAAGUUGUUGCAGUUCCAUAUAACCACAUAUUUUGAUAACGAGUUGCCGGGACUGCCAAGAGCUACUCAAAGAACAGGAAGGCCUAUCAAAUCAAUUUGUAGCAGGCUUAAAGCCAAAGAAGGUCGGAUUAGAGGAAAUUUGAUGGGGAAAAGAGUUGAUUUUUCUGCUCGAACGGUUAUUACACCAGACCCGAACAUUAACAUUGAUGAACUCGGAGUGCCAUGGAGUAUUGCUUUGAACCUUACAUACCCUGAGACUGUAACUCCAUAUAAUAUUGAAAGGUUGAAGGAGCUUGUAGAGUAUGGACCCAAUCCCCCACCUGGGAAAACUGGUGCCAAGUACAUCAUUCGCGAUGAUGGGCAAAGGCUUGAUCUCAGAUAUUUGAAGAAAAAUUGCCAUCCCCAUUUGGAGAUAGGAUACAAGGUGGAGCGCCAUUUGAUGGACGGAGACUUAGUUCUCUUCAAUCGUCAGCCUAGUCUUCAUAAAAUGUCCAUUAUGGGGCACAGAAUCAAAAUCAUGCCUUAUUCUACGUUUCGGCUUAAUUUGUCGGUAACUAAGCCUUAUAAUGCUGAUUUUGAUGGGGAUGAAAUGAACAUGCAUGUUCCUCAGUCAUUUGAAACCAGAGCAGAGGUGUUGGAGCUCAUGAUGGUGCCUAAAUGCAUUGUGUCUCCUCAAUCAAACAGACCAGUAAUGGAUAUUGUUCAAGACACACUAUUAGGAUGCAGAAAAAUCACCAAGAGAGAUACCUUCAUCACAAAGGAUGUAUUUAUGAACAUUCUAAUGUGGUGGGAAGAUUUCGACGGGAAUGUUCCUACACCAGCAAUAUUGAAGCCAGAACCAUUGUGGACUGGGAAACAAGUUUUCAAUCUUAUUAUUCCCAAGCAAAUAAAUUUAACUAGGUAUUCUAGCUGGCAUGAUGAUAACGAAGGAGGAUCAUCAAUAACUCCAGGGGAUACUAUGGUCAGAAUUGAAAAAGGGGAACUACUUACCGGAACUCUUUGCAAAAAGACACUUGGAGCAUCUACUGGAAGUCUCAUUCAUGUCAUUUGGGAAGACGCUGGCCCCGAUGCAGCUCGUAAAUUUCUUGGUCACACUCAGUGGCUUGUAAACUACUGGCUUCUGCAGAAUUCUUUUAGCAUUGGAAUUGGUGAUUCGAUUGCGGACGCUUCCACUAUGGAGGUUAUUAACCAGACUAUUUCAGAGGCAAAGGAGAAAGUGAAAAAACUAUUCAGGGAUGCUCAAGAAAAGAAGUUGGAGUCUGAACCCGGUCAGACAAUGAUGGACACAUUUGAGAGGAAAGUGAAUGAGGUGCUGAACGAAGCUCGUAAUGAUGCCGGGAAAAAAGCGCAGACAAGUUUAUCUGAGAGCAAUAAUCUGAAAGCAAUGGUGACAGCUGGUUCCAAAGGAAGUUUUAUCAAUAUAUCUCAGAUGACUGCUUGUCUUGGUCAACAGAAUGUUGAAGGCAAGCGAAUUCCAUUUGGGUUCAUAGAUAGGACACUGCCACACUUUACAAAAGAUGAUUAUGGGCCUGAAAGCCGAGGCUUUGUGGAGAACUCGUAUCUUCGAGGGCUGACCCCACAAGAGUUCUUUUUCCAUGCCAUGGGAGGUAGGGAAGGUAUUAUUGAUACUGCAGUGAAGACCUCUGAAACUGGAUACAUCCAAAGGCGGCUUGUGAAGGCUAUGGAGGAUAUUAUGGUCAAAUACGAUGGAACUGUUAGGAACUCCGUAGGAGAUGUCAUACAAUUUCUCUAUGGAGAAGAUGGUAUGGAUGCUGUUUGGAUUGAAACACAGAAUCUUGAUUCCCUGAAAAUGAAAAAGUCAGACUUUGAUAGGACCUUUAAGUAUGAGUUUGAUAAGGAGAACUGGAAUCCUAGUUACAUGCUUGAAGGGUCUAUUAAAGACUUGAAAUCCAGCAUAGAGCUUCGUAAUGUACUUGAGGCUGAAGUUGAAAUGCUUGAACAUGAUAGACAUCUGCUUGCAACUGAGAUUGCCACUACUGGUGCUAGUUCUCUUCCACUGCCUGUUAACCUUAAGAGGCUUAUCAGGAAUGCUCAGAAGACAUUUAAAAUCGACUUUCGAAUGCCUUCUGAUAUGGACCCGAUUGAAAUUGUAGAAGCUGUUGAUAAGCUACAGGAGAGACUUAAAGUUGUUCCUGGUGAUGAUCUCCUUAGUCAAGAAGCUCAGAAGAAUGCUACCCUCUUGUUCAAUAUUUUGCUCCGCAGCACUUUUGCUAGUAAACGUGUUUUGGAAGAACAUAGGCUCUCUCGUGAGGCAUUUGAGUGGCUAGUGGGAGAAAUAGAAUCAAGGUUCCUGCAGUCACUUGUAGCCUCUGGGGAAAUGAUUGGUUGUGUAGCAGCGCAAUCAAUUGGUGAGCCUGCUACUCAGAUGACUCUCAACACCUUCCACUAUGCUGGUGUUAGUGCUAAGAACGUUACACUUGGUGUUCCGAGGUUAAGGGAAAUCAUUAAUGUUGCAAAGAGGAUCAAAACACCUUCUUUGUCGGUAUUUUUGAAUCCCGAGACUGGCAAGACUAAAGAAAGGGCCAAGGGUGUGCAGUGUGCUUUAGAAUAUACUACUCUUAGGAGUGUGACUCAGGCUACAGAGGUUUGGUAUGAUCCAGACCCCCAGAGUACAAUAAUUGAAGAAGAUGUUGAUUUUGUGAAGUCUUACUUUGAAAUGCCCGAUGAAGAAGUUCCUCUUGAUAAAAUGUCACCUUGGUUGCUUCGCAUAGAACUGAAUCGUGAAAUGAUGGUGGAUAAGAAGUUGAGUAUGGCUGACAUUGCUGAGAAGAUUAACCAUGUGUUUGAUGAUGAUUUGAAAUGUAUUUUCAAUGAUGACAAUGCUGAAAAGCUCAUACUUCGAAUCCGAAUCAUGAAUGAUGAAGCCCACCGGGGAGAGAUUCAGGAUGAUUCUGCUGAUGAUGUUUUCUUAAAGAGAAUAGAAAGCAACAUGCUUACUGAGAUGACAUUACGUGGCAUCUCUGGCAUCAGCAAAGUUUUUAUAAAAAGUAUUGACGUUCCAAAAUUUGAUGACAAUGAAGGUUUUCAGACUCAUAAGGAAUGGAUGCUUGAAACUGAAGGUGUCAACCUUUUAGCUGCAAUGUGCCAUGAGCAAGUUGAUGCAACAAGGACCAUAAGCAACCACCUUAUUGAAAUUAUUGAAGUCUUUGGAAUUGAGGCAGUUCGGCGGGCUCUUCUGAAUGAAUUGCGUGCUGUCAUCUCUUUUGAUGGAUCUUAUGUCAAUUACAGGCAUCUCGCUAUUCUUUGUGAUACUAUGACUUAUCGUGGCCAUUUGAUGUCAAUUACGCGCCAUGGUAUCAACCGAAAUGAUACCGGUCCAAUGAUGAGAUGCUCAUUUGAACAGACUGUUGAUAUUCUCCUUGAUGCUGCAGCAUAUGCUGAGGCUGAUCACUUAAGGGGUGUCAGCGAAAACAUCAUGUUAGGCCAGCUUGCGCCCCUUGGCACUGGACAAUGCUCUCUGUAUCUUAAUGAUGAGAUGAUUAAGAAUGCAUUUGAUCUCCAGCUACCUGGUUAUAUGGAUGGUCUUGACUUUGGCAUGACACCUGCUCAUUUCUCCAUGUCAACUCCCUAUCUUGAUGGCUUGAUGUCACCAACUCAUUUGUCCAGUCCAAAUCUGCGCCCAUCACCAAUUAAUAAUGCAGUUUUUUCACCUUAUGGAAUGGCCUGUGGUUACUGCACAUAUCGAAGUAACUACAGUAUAUCUUCACCUGCUUAUGAUCCAGUUUCACCUAAGUACACUCCCACUGAUCCUGGAUAUAGCCCUGUGUCACCAAGUUAUAGUCCUCUUUCCCCAACUUACAGCCCGGUGUCUCCGACAUAUAGUCCUAUAUCACCUGCAUAUAGCCCCUUCUCUCCUGGGUGCAGCCUUACAUCACCAAGCUGUAGUCCUAUAUCACCUGCAUAUAGCCCCUCUUCUCCUGGGUACAGCCCUACAUCACCAAGCUAUAGUCCUACUUCCCCUUAUUACAGUCGGUUAUCUGCAGAGUAUAGUCCCACAUCACCAUACUAUAGCCCCUCAUCACCAUCUUAUUCUCCAUCCAGCCCAACAUUUAGUCCAAGCAGUCUGGAUUUCAGCCUAACUUCUCCACAGUUCAGUGCUUCAACGGAAUACUCGCCAAGUCGACCUGGUUACUCACAGGCAUCAACCAGCCAAUACACUCCAUAGACAAGUGCCAAGGAUGAGGAUGAUAAUACAACUCUUUGAGGUGUGACUACUGAAUUCAAUUCUGAAUCUAAUCUAUCACUGAAAAGUAUCUAAGACUGGUGUGCAUAGCUCAGCACAACUUGAGGCUUAAGGACAAGAUCGAUUUGGAUUUGGCUAUGAUGGAGAAAGUAUAAAGUGGUUCUUAAAGGACUUUUUAAAAUGAUUCUAAAUGUGUUGUAAUUCAAUCGUACAAGUUAGUUUGUAAAUUUAUGUUUUCACCCAAAAUUU